AAUCAAAAGUGCCACGUCAUCCGCCCAGAAAGGAAAAAAAACCUAGGGAUUCCCCAUGAAUCCCUUCUAUAAAUACAAGCAUUUUAUCCCGCCUUGUAAAAGUACCACAGUUGCUAUCUUACUACUACAAAUUCCAUUUCAAGAGGGAGAAAGGAAACGGAAAAGAAAAUGCAGAUAUUCGUUAAAACUCUGACAGGCAAAACAAUCAUCCUUGAUGUUGAGAGCUACGACUACAUUAGCUACAUCAAGUCCAAAAUUCACCUCAAAGAAGGAAUCUCUCCCGAGCAGCAGCGAUUGAUUUUCUCCGGGAAACAGCUUGAAAAUGGCCGGACUCUUGCUCACUACAACAUUCAGAAAGAAUCAACAAUUCAUAUGGUCCUGAGGCUGAGAGGAGGAGGAUACGGGAGUUUUACCUAUGCACCGGAUAUGUUGGAGUUGGCUCGUAAGUACAGGCAAUGGAAACAAGUUUGCCGCAAGUGCUACGCUCGUCUUCCAUUGAGGGCUACUAACUGUCGUAGGAAGAAGUGUGGACACUCCAAUCAGCUAAGGAACAAGAAAAUGUUUGCACCAGCCAAAGAUGGCAAAGGCAGGCGAGGCUGAAGACUGGUGGAUUUGGUGCCUGUGUGUGGUCACUGGUCAGUAGAUGAAGAACAAAUGAUGCUAACGUACUGCUAUAUGAUCUUUCUUUAGCUUAUAAAUAAGGAAACGUAAAUUAAAUCGUAGAUGGAGUACUAUGGUUCUAAACCUUGAUGCUUAAUUUAUGAACAAUAUGUUAAAUAUUUCUUUACUUGGUUUUGGGGAAGUUAAUUACGUAUUAGGACGUACUGCGUUCAAUGUUUUGCUAAAAACUACUACCACUAUGGACUAUGGUUUGAAUAUAUAUGAGUUUGCUUAGAAUUUGUGGAUGCC